CAACUUAUUUAUAGAAAUAAGUAAAAGAGGUACAUAACUUGUGUACUUUGUGGUACUAGUUCAGGGUCGCUGAUAUCAUGGAGGACUCUGUGCUGGAGCGAUACUUCCAGAAGAACUCCUCCAGGGCGGAGCCAGAGGAGGCGUUCAUGGACCUGCUACCUGACGAGCUCCUGACGCUGUGUAAGGAUAACUCCCAGAAUGUCUCAGCCGAGUUCCCGGCUCAACCUGAGACCCCUGUGACCCCUGUGACCUUUGUGACCCCUGAGACCCGCGACAGACAGCAGCCAGAUAUCGUCUUCCAGAUACAUAACGUCGUCUCCACCAUCAAGCUUGGCUGCUCUCUGGACCUGCUGCACAUAGGCCGCAGGGCCCGGAACACAGAGUACAGACCAAAGGUUUUCCAGGCGCUCACAAUGAGGAUCCGUAAGCCGCCGACUACGGCGCAAUUCUACAAAUCCGGAAGCAUGGUCUGUUUAGGAGCCAAAAGUGAGGAGCAGUCCCGGGUGGCAGCCUGGAGGUUUUUCCGCAUCAUGCAGAAGCUGGGCCUCCCGGUCCGCUUCCUGGACUUCAAGAUCCAGAACAUCGUGGCCUCCUGCGAGACCUUCCCGGUCCGAUUGGAGCAGCUGGCCCGCUACCAGCCCUGCAGCUAUCAACCGGAGUUGUUUAAAGGUCUUCACCUCAGAGUCGUUCCCAGCGCCACGGUCACCAUGUUCUCCUCUGGGAAGAUGGUAGUGAGCGGAGCUAAAAGCCUGGACGCCGUCAGACGAGCGUUGGGGACGAUGUGUUCGAUCGUGAGACGUUUCGGGAGGUAGUGACUCAAAGUCUGGAUUUGGGUUAUUGAUUUCAAAUCAUUUCAAAGUAAAAGACUCUUUUAAACAA